AUGCUCUUUCUGACCGCAUGUCUUAUGUGUGUGCAGGUGGACGCCAUCCUCGUGGCGCACCUUGUACAACAGACGCGGAUGCGCCUGAAGACGCGCUACUUCGACAGGUCCCCUGGUCACUUUUUUGGCAGCGGAGAGAAGAUGCAGCUGCUUGACUUCAUCAAGGCUCACCAGAAGAUGGAUAAGCGACAGAUGAAAGCGGAAGGCGUGGACGCGGAUGGCAACGCCCUUUCGCUCAAGUUCAUCCGCAAAGUGGACGCGGAGCUGGAGUGGUGCAUGCGCGACCUCAACCUCCUCGAAGGCGCCAAGCUGUUUCGUACGGCGUCGUAUGUGACCGACGACACCCAGCGGCUGGAGUCCUUCAGGAAGUGGCUUGGCCAGCUCCACAAGCUUACCCCUUCCCGCCUCCCCGUUUCCCCUUGCCCGCCUCCCCAAUUCCCCUUCCGGCUCCCCGUUACCCCUUCCCGCCUCCCCGUUUCCCCUUUCCGCUCCCCAUUACCCCUUCCCGCUUCCCCGUUUUCCCUUCCCGCUCCCCAUUACCCCUUCCCGCCUCCCCGUUUCCCCUUCCCGCUCCCCGUUUCCCCUUCCCACCUUCCCGUUUCCCCUUCCCGCUCCCCAUUACCCAUUCCCGCCUCCCCUUUUCCCCUUCCCGCUCCCCGUUUCCCCUUCCCACCUUCCCGUUUCCCCUUCCCGCUCCCCAUUACCCAUUCCCGCCUCCCCGUUUCCCCUUCCCGCUCCCCGUUUCCCCUUCCCACCUUCCCGUUUCCCCUUCUCGCUCCCCAUUACCCAUUCCCGCCUCCCCGUUUUCCCUUCUCUACUCCUCAAUUCUCGUUCCAGCCUGCAUGUUUCCCCUUCCCGCUCCCCGUUUCCCCUUCCCACCUCCCUGUUUCCCCUUCCCGCUCCCCAUUACCCCUUCCCGCCUCCCCAUUUCCCAUUCCCGCUCCCCAUUACCCCUUCCCGCCACCCCCCUUCCCGCCUCCCCAUUACCCCGUUUCCCCCCUUUCUCCCUCUCGUUUCCCCCCCUUCUCCCUCUCGUUUCCCCGCCUCCCCCUCUCGUUUACCCCCCUUCCCCCUCUCAUUCCCCCCCCUUCUCCUCAUUAUUUUCCCCGCUUCUCCCUCUCAUUUCCCCCCUGCAUUACCCUUCCCCUCCCUGCAUUACCCUUCCCCACCCUGCAUUACCCUUCCCCACCCUGCAUUACCCUUCCCCACCCUGCAUUACCCUUCCCCUCCCUGCAUUACCCUUCCCCUCCCUGCAUUACCCUUCCCCUCCCUGCAUUACCCUUCCCCUCCCUGCAUUACCCUUCCCCUCCCUGCAUUACCCUUCCCCUCGCUGCAUUACCCUUCCCCUCCCUGCAUUACCCUUCCCCUCCCUGCAUUACCCUUCCCCUCCCUGCAUUACCCUUCCCCUCCCUGCAUUACCCUUCCCCUCCCUGCAUUACCCUUCCCCUCGCUGCAUUACCCUUCCCCUCGCUGCAUUACCCUUCCCCUCCCUGCAUUACCCUUCCCCUCCCUGCAUUACCCUUCCCCUCGCUGCAUUACCCUUCCCCUCCCUGCAUUACCCUUCCCCUCCCUGCAUUACCCUUCCCCUCCCUGCAUUACCCUUCCCCUCGCUGCAUUACCCUUCCCCUCCCUGCAUUACCCUUCCCCUCCCUGCAUUACCCUUCCCCUCCCUGCAUUACCCUUCCCCUCUUUUUCACGAUCCUCCUGCCUUUCCCUCUUUUCCCCUCUCCUGCUGCCUUUCUCUCUUUUCAGCUCUCUUCAACAAGUGUUGAACAAAUUAUGACCAGCUAG